AUGGCCAACUCUUCACCACUUAGUUCUGUAGCCUUCUCAAUGCUUCUGAUUCUUGUGGCCUUCUGUUUGACUACACCAUAUUGCGUAACGGUUCGAGGAUUGUCAAUUAGAGAAGCCACAGUGCACGACCUCCAGCUAGCUUUCAAGCAAAACCAACUCACUUCGAGGGAACUUGUCAACUUCUACAUUGGAGAAAUUCGCAGACUCAAUCCGGUUGUCCAUGGGGUCAUAGAAAUCAACCCAGAUGCAUUGAUGCAAGCUUACAAGGCUGACAGAGAACGAGAGGCUAAUAAGCCUGGAUCACUUUGUGGGUUGCACGGAAUUCCAAUUCUACUCAAGGAUACCAUUGGGACUAAGGAUAAGUUGAAUACUACUGCUGGAUCAUUCGCAUUGCUCGGGUCUAUCGUGCCUCGUGAUGCAGGUAUAGUGAAGAGACUAAGGAAGGCUGGAGCUAUCAUACUAGGAAAGGCCAGCUUGAGUGAAUGGGCUGAUUUUAGGUCCCUCACUGCUCCAGCUGGUUUGAGCGCUAGAGGUGGUCAAGGAAAGAAUCCAUAUGUUUUAUCGGCAUCACCCUGUGGAUCCAGCAGUGGACCUUCCAUAUCAGUUGCAGCAAACAUAGCAGCAGUCUCAAUAGGAACCGAGACCGACGGUUCUAUCCUCUGUCCAGCUAGUUUCAACUCAGUUGUUGGCAUCAAACCGACGGUCGGCCUCACUAGUAGAGCAGGUGUCAUUCCAGUCUCCCCAAGACAAGACACUAUUGGACCAAUUGGCAGGACAGUGACAGAUGCUGUGAUAGUUCUUGACACCAUUGUAGGAUUUGAUUAUAAUGAUGCAGCCACUAGAACAGCCUCUAAGUACAUUCCAUAUGGUGGCUACAAACAAUUCCUCAAUCCAAAUGGGUUAAAAGGGAAGAGAUUAGGAAUUGUGAGGAACCCCUUUUUCAGCUUCUUCAAUGAUUCAACCAUCACACAAGCUUUUGACGAUCAUUUCAACACUCUAAAGCAAGGUGGUGCUAUUUUGAUAGACAAUCUAGAGAUAGCAAAUAUAGAUAUCAUCUUAAACGUAACAGCAAGUGGAGAAGCAGCAGCAUUGCUUGCUGAAUUCAAACAAUCGUUAAAUGGGUACCUGAAAGAGCUCGUGGUUUCCCCUGUUCGAAGUUUAGCUGACAUAAUCGCCUUCAAUAACGCAAAUGCAGAUCAGGAACUUCUCAACGUUUUUGGCCAGGAGAUCUUUCUGGCGGCCGAAGCCACAAAUGGGAUCGGCGACGUGCAGAAGGCGGCUCUUUUGAACUUGGGGAAGCUAACAGAAGAUGGGUUUGAGAAAUUAGUGAAGGACAAUCAAUUGGAUGCGGUGGUGACUCCAGGUUCCGGCAUAGCUACAGUGCUCGCAAUUGGGGGUUUUCCGGGGAUCAAUGUUCCGGCGGGAUACGACGGCGGAGGAGUUCCAUUUGGGAUUAACUUCGGAGGGUUGAAGGGAUCAGAGGCGAAGCUGAUUGAAGUUGCUUACGGGUUUGAGCAAGCCACUCAGAUCAGAAAGCCACCUUCCUUCAAACCUUGA